AUGAUUUUAGCAUUUAUCAUAGCUCAAAUCAUUCAAACUCAAGCCUUGCUAAAGCCAUUAUCACCAGGCCUUCUCCAAAGUCCAAAUAACGGAUUAAUAUCUCCAAACACAGAAAAUUGCGCAUAUUGAAGCUCUUCAGAGCAAAUUAUCGAAAACUAUCAAUUUUAUGAGCCUUUUGGCUUUUCUACUCAAUCAGUUUCUUAUAUUUUUAACACUUGCCCAACUCAAUCAAAACGCUGCUCAAUUGAUCUUUCUAUUUUCGAUUUGAUGUAA